UUUGCAACAUGCGUUUGUGGUUUCGAUGAGCUUAAAAGUACGAAAAUAUUUUUGGAUUUAGAAAGUAGGACAUUUAAAUUGGCAAGGUGCUGUGUUCGCAGUCCUUCGAUGAUUUUGUGAGGCUAGGUAGUUUCUAGAUAGAAGAUAAAAGAUAGAAGAAGGGACAUUUAAAAAGGAUGAGCGACGAAGAAAAAUCAAAAUUAGUGCAGAAGUUAAAUAAAGAUGUUGAAGAAUUUAUUUCAAAUUUGCCCAAAAAGAAAUAUGAAGAUGGUUGGCCCGAAGACAAAUGGGAAGAAGAGAUGGAAAAACAUCCAAUGUUUAUGAGCAAAGCUGUUAAAGAAGGUCAAGACUUACCUCCUCUAGUAGAAGCAUUACAACAGUUAAAAUAUGAUCCUGAUACGAAUUCUCCCGAAGAGUUGGCAAAAUCCUACAAGGAGGAUGGAAAUCAAAACUUUAAGAGAAAGAAGUACCGUUGGGCUGUUGAUGCAUAUACCAAAGGUCUGGAGCAGAAGUCUGGAGAUAAUGAAGUAAAUGCUCAGUUAUAUACAAAUAGAGCUGCAGCCCAUUAUCACAUUGGUAAUUUUAAAAAAGCCUUAAAAGAUGCAAGUGAAGCAAAAUCUCUCAAACCUGACCAUGUAAAAGCCCUUCAGAGAGGUGCUUUAUGCUGUUACGAAUUACAGGAAUAUGGAGACUGUAUUUCAUGGUGCAAUGAAGGCUUGAAAAUUGAAGAGAACAAUCAAAGUUUUCUUGAACUGAAGAAAAAAGCUCAUGAGAAAAAGACAACAGCAGAAAGAGAUAGAAGAAAAGCUGCAAAGCUUGAAUUGAAAAGGAAAAAAGAUGCUGAGUUGGUAAAGAAGGCUAUCGUGGAAAGGAAGAUUUGCAUUGCUGAAGGUUAUGAUUUUGAUUUUGCACAUAUCAAAUCAGUGCAUCCAGAGUGCAGUUCGACUGUUCAUUUAGAAGACGGUAAAUUAGUGUGGCCCGUUAUGUUGUUUUACCCGGAAUACAAUUUCACGGAGUAUAUUGAAAAUUUUCAUGAAGAAUCAAGUCUCUAUGAAGAAUUUGGAGAAAUGCUGAAAAACUGUGGGCGACCCGAUUGGGAUAAAGAUAAAAAAUACCUCCCAGGAAAUUUAAACGUGUACUUCAGCCAUGGGAAUGAUUGCAUGGUAGCCUUUGAUGAAAGGAAACCCCUUAAAUCAGCUUUGUCCCAUCCUAAGUUCAAAGUUCACAGUGCAACUCCAUCUUUUUUUAUAACAGCGGCAAAUUCAGAGUUUGAUCAUGUAUUUCGAAAUCAAUACAAUUUACCAAACAAAUAAAUCUUAUUUUAAUUAA